CAGGCUGUGACUGAGCAUAGCAUCAGAGGACUCGGAGCCAGGGACGGUAAAGAAGUUGAUUCAUGGGGCCUGGCAGAGCGGGGCUGGAUACAGGGGACCCAGGAUGGCGGCAGAGUGGCAUGGAGAGGCUGUGGCAGUCGGACUUCAGACGCCUGAUGGAUGAGAACACCUUCACUGAGAACUUCAACAACCAAGGAUGGCCUUCCAAGACCUUCCUGUGCUACAUGGUGGAGAGGCUGGAUGGUGACACUGAGAUCCUUCUGGACGAGUACAAGGGCUUUGUGCGCAACAAGGGUCGGGAUCAACCAGGGGAACCCUGCCAUGCAGAGCUCUACUUCCUGGAACAGAUCCGUUCUUGGAAUCUGGACCGGAAUCAGCGCUACAGGCUCACCUGUUUCAUCUCCUGGACCCCCUGUUACAAUUGUGCCCAGAAACUGACUACAUUCCUGGAGGAGAAUCGCCACAUAAGCCUGCACAUCUUUGCCUCCCGCAUCUAUUCCGUCAACGAUUCUGGGUGCCAUCGGAGUGGCCUGCGCGCACUGCAAGAGAGGGCCGGAAUCACCAUCAUGACCUCUGAGGACUUUGAGCGCUGCUGGGUAACCUUCGUGGACCACAAGGAGAAACCCUUUCAGCCCUGGGAGGGGCUGGUGGUAAAGAGUCAGGAGCUCUGUGACGAACUGCAGGCCAUUCUCAGGGAUCAGUAAAACUGAAGGAUGGACGCCAGCCUCUCUAAGAAGGCAGGAGGCCUUUAUUCAAUAGCAGCACAAAACACCUUCUUUCAAGAAAUGUAAACAUGCCAUAUGCUACUGUCUCCAGACUGAUCCAAACAGACCAGCAAAAAGCAAAUGGCUCAAAAGAAAUAGAUUUUUUUUAAAUGAAAAUCUGAGUAGAUUUACUUUUCAUUCAAACCUAUGUUGUGUUUCAAAUCUAUGUCAGUAAGAUUCUAUUCAAUACUAUCAGAAUAGCUUCUGAUUUUUAGAUACAUGAAUAUUUUAAUUGACUUUAAAUGCAAAGCAAUAAAAUGAAAUAGUAAGACUA